AUGUGUGUGUGUUAGUGUGCGUACAGUCUUCAAAUGUGCUUACCAUCCCUCGUGCCCCCCAGGACGGCGAAGUGUGGUCCCUUGGCGGCUGCGAGCAGUGCCGCUGCGUGAACGGCACCGUGUCAUGCGGCCGGGCACCCUGCGCCGUGACGACGUGCCCCUCGGGCCAGGUGGCACUGCAGGAUCCCGAGCAGUGUUGCCCCGAGUGUGUUCCUGUAGGCAUGCCAUGCCAUGAAGGCUCUACCAUGCAUGACGAUGGGGACUUCUGGUCACCAGUGUCGUGCUCCCAGUGCCAGUGCCGGAAUGGACGCGCGCAGUGCUAUGUGGCUCACUGUCCUCCCCUCACGUGCCCAGCUAACCACACACUCGAGGUGGCCCCAGGGUCUUGCUGCCCAACGUGUGAGGGAAACCCGUGUGUUCAGAAGGGAAUGGUUUAUGGGUCAGGAGAGCAGUGGCGAGAGGGAGACUGCCGAGAGUGUGUUUGUGUGGCUGGACGGGUGCAGUGCCAUGACAUGCAGUGCCCUGACUUGCAGUGCCAAGCAGACGAGAAGCCUUACAAAGAGGAAGGUAGCUGUUGCCCAACGUGUGUCAAAAAGCAAGUAAUUGAAAGUUUACGUGCUUAA